GAGAAUAACAAUACAGGUACUCUAGUUUCCUUGCUUGCAUAGCUGUUACUCCAGUCUCCUCUGGAAAUCUUCAUGUUGCUAUAGAAUUGCAGCACUACCCCCCAAACAGCUCCCGAUCCAGCCACGCCUUUCGGGCUCUCACCUCCAAUUCACCUCUGUUGUUUCGAUCUAUGAGGUGAGGCAAGUACUUGAUCACUUGAUGGCUGACUUACCACGUUAUAUGCGUCUCUGCUUGCAAUCUGGGAAACUUGCUUUCUUGGCAAUUUUGGUAUCUGGAGGGAUUGUACUGCAAAUUUUGGCAUGUGCUUUGUACAAUAAUUGGUGGCCGAUGCUAACUGUAAUAAUGUAUGUGCUUCUUCCCAUGCCGUUGCUGUUCUUUGUGGGAUCAGAUUUUUCUGUUUUCAUGGAAUCUGAUAAUGCCUGGGUUAACGUAACCAAGUUCUUGACUGGAGCUUCAGCCAUUGGAAGCAUUGCGAUACCCGCCAUCUUAACACACGCUGGUGUUAUUGGCUGGGGAGCCCUGGCCUUGGAGCUCUCAUCCUUUUUCGUAUUUGUACUCGCCAUAAUGUGUUACAUCCGGACAGACGAUGACGACAGCUACAGUUCGAUCUGAGAUAUGGCUCUCUACGAGAUUACCAGAUUACUGUAAAGAUGUCAUAGGUUGCAUUAGGUAUAUAGAGCAUUUGUAUCUGUUUGUGUGCGAUGAUCAGCUUGUUAUAGAUUCAGAAAACCGUGAUCAUGUAUUUGAGUGGGGUUUUGAAUAUUAUAUGUUUUGACCUCUCACUACAAACUCUGGGGUCUAUUGUAUUGACAGAUAAGGUGCCUUUCUGGUCAUAUCUUUUAGUUUAUGAACUGUGAAAUUUCUU